CCUCAUAAGUGUAGAACGCGUUCUAAUCGUACCGCAACCACGACCGAGGCGUCCGGCCCCUCGUUACGAGAAGGGUGCAUCGCGAUCGUUCAGAUAUUCAAAGUACCUGCAUGAUACUUCCGAGUGAGUGUUUAUAAGCAGGCCCACGGUUGUCGGAAACCGAUUCGUCUUGUGGCCGGUGUUGUGCGAUGUGAGGCAGCCAUGGCGUGGAGAACGGACAUAGUGACUGUAGCAUUGUUUUUCGUGCUACGAGCCGGUGCGCCUGCGCGGUUUCCCGAGUUGUUGCCAAUAAAUGGGUGGUGGAACACGGGUCGCGGGGCGGCCGGUCCCGAUGGAGCGCGGGCGGAGAGCGCCGACGUGCAAGUCGUGUACUUGCCGGCUCUGCUGCCGCGGGAGGCACAGUCGUCGGUCGACGAUGCUCACGAUGACAUACCCCUUCCGUACAGUUUCGAUGCCUUCGGACGGAAUUUCGAGCUUCAACUGGUGCCGAACCGACGUCUGGUGGCGCCUGAGUUCCGAGUGUGGUCCGAGCGAGGUGCCGAGGAGCCGCUGUCGAGCGUGGACUCCUCUUGUCAUUACUUACACUCAGGUCCCGGCGCCGUUGCUGCUUUCUCUGCCUGCAGAGAUCACGCCCUCCACGGUCUGAUCGUGGUCGAUAACUCUACAUAUGAAGUGCGUCCCCUGCCUGUGGGAGCAGGUAGAGCUGAAACCGGCAGUGGACGUAGGGCGCACGUCAUCAGACGAGCCCCCCCUCCCACUCCGCCUGUAGACGACGCUCGCUCCCUCCGGCCCCGGCCUAGACGACGACCGCGCACUCAACCCAAGCUCGGUCCAGCCAGCUACACGAUAGAGAUCGCGCUGUUUCUCGAUGAAGCAGGAUACAAGUUAUUUUACCCGUUCCUCAAUUAUAAUGAGGCUGAUUUGCGGGACAUGCUUCUGGCUUACAUAAAUGGAGUGCAAGCCCUCUACCAGCACUCGUCGCUGGGGACCCACGUGCAACUGUCGCUCGUGCGGCUGACGUUCCUCCGCACGCAGCCGUCCGCGCUGUCAGCGCACGCGGAGCGCAGCCACUUGCUCGACUCCUUCUGCGCUUACCAGAAAUCCCUCAACGUGGACGAUGACGACGAUCCACAGCAUUGGGAUAUGGCUUUGUUGUUAUCUGGAUUAGAUUUUUACUCGGAGGAGGGCGGUCGUCGCAACGGGGUGACAAUGGGGCUCGCCCCGGUCGGCGGCGUGUGCCUGCCGGCGCAUGCGUGCGUGGUGUCGGAGUUCGGCACGUCGGACCUGCUGGGCCGCCCGUACCCCUCCGCCGGCUUCACCUCUGUCUACAUUCUCGCGCACGAGAUCGGACACAAUUUGGGAAUGCAUCACGACGGUACCGGUAACUCCUGUGCCCGCGAUGGAUAUAUAAUGUCUCCGUCGCGAGGCACUAAUGGGGAAGCGUCGUGGUCCUCUUGCAGUGCACGAGUUAUUGCUGAAUUGCAGUGGGCAACAUGUUUACUGGAUGGUGCAGAAGACGAUUUAGACAACCCAGAUGAGCUUCGUCACGAGAAAUUCGGCGGCGCGCCUGGUACGGUGUGGAGUACAAAAAAACAAUGCGAGGUGUUGUUGCGCGACCCGGACGCGGUGCCGUGGGCGGGCGGAGCAGACGGCGGCGCGGGCGAGGUGUGCGCGCAGCUGUCGUGCCGCACGCCGCACCGCGCCGGCUUCUACUACGCCGGACCCGCACUGCCCGGCACGUCCUGCGGACCUCAGAUGUGGUGUCAAGGUGGAGAAUGCGUCCCUGCUUCGGAAAUAUUAACCACUACCAGCAAACCUGGAACUGUCGGAAACACAGGUCCUGAAACCUGGAGCCCAUGGCGUGAAGGCACCUGUCGAUCAGGAUGCACAUCGAAAGGCAAGGGCUUCAGGGAAAGGCGAAGAGUUUGUAACGUGUCACAAGGCUGUGAGGGUUCGGCCUAUGAUGUACUUCUAUGUGAUGAUACUAAGGUGUGUGGAAAGAAAACACGGGUCAACGCGAACGAGUUAGCUACGCGCAAGUGCACGGAGUACGCGUCGCUGUUGACUACACUGGAUCCGCGCGGCGGUGGUCUGCAAGCCCCACACGAUCCUACUCGUAUGUGGAUGGGAUGCGCCAUUUUCUGCAGGAGGUCAUCUGGCGGAGGUUUCUAUGCGCCGCGGGUGGAGCUCAACGACGCUGGCUUGGAUCCAUACUUUCCCGACGGGACGUGGUGUCAUCACGACGGCACCCAGGACUACUACUGCAUGCAACACCAUUGUCUGCCUGAAAACUUUAAGAUGACGGCUCAGUGGCAUAUUUGGGAGCUGCCAAGCGAGGACGUCGGCGGUUCGUUCAACGCGAGAGCGUUCAAAACGCCCGAUGACGAUGCUGCGUCUGCUGCUAUCAGAGCCUACCUUUCACUCAAUGACAACGGAGUGCCGAUAGUUCGUUCUAUCGGUCCUCCUUCCAUACCCGACGAACCUGAAAAUAACUGGGAAGUAAUCGAUUACGUGGAUGUACCAAGAAGUAACGUGGAAUAAUCAAGCCAAAUGGAGUAGAGAUGUUGAGUGAUAUGGUCAAAAUUAUGACUUGUCUGAGAACAAGACAAUCUAUUCAAUUGAGAUUUUUUAAAAUAAUAAUCAAAAAUCUUCAUUUAAAAUAUACUUAUUAUGUAGGUAUUAUAUUAUUCUGUUUAUUAUUUAGCAAACUUUCGUUAAAUGAACGUCAAUCAACAUCCCUAUUCUAAUUUUGACCGAUAGAGUUUUAUUUGUACAAAUAUCUUGCCAAAUUACUUACGUAGCAUAUUAGGUUAUAGUUUUACUAUAUAUAUAGGGUUUAUUUAAUUUUAUUGUAUUUAUUAUUCUGUAUGAAAAGACAAAACGAUCUAACGGAAUUACCUCAGUGCCUGUCUCAUGUGAACUCUCAAACACACAAAAAUGAUAUAAAUGUUUAAAAUCUCUGAUAAUAUGCCUUCCAAAAUAUGCCUUAUUAGCAAAAACCAAAUCACAAAUUUACGUCGAAGGAAAAUUAACAAAGUUGUAUUAUUUACCAACUUGAUAAAGUGAUAUUAAAUAAUAAAUCUAAGAAUAUACAAAGUUAUUACUGUGGCGGCACACUUACAACUGUUUAUAGAUAUUUUAUGUACCUAGUAAGUACGGAACACUGAGCAAGUACGAUUUUAAUAGUUAUUAUAAUAAUUAUAAGAGCCACGCUGGCUCACAUGCAUUUAUUAGAUUCUAAGAUUCCCAUACAGUAUUACUCUAUUAUACUUAAUAUUUUAUGUAAUGUGUUUACCAUAGUUUUAUACAGCAGAAUUAAUAUUUCUUUAUGUAGGAAAUAUGAUGAAAUAAAUAAAAUACUAUAAGCUACAUAUA